AGGUGCAAUAGCCGCUAUCUCUGUACGGGCCGGGUCGCGUCUCUUAUCAUUUCGCGGCUGUUGUUGAUUCACUCGCAGUAGGCGCGGAUCGCAGUCGACGAGUUUUUCGUGUAUAACAGCCACGACGAGGCGCGUAAGAGGAGAUAAUAAAGAAUACUUCGCCCACAGAAGAGUGCGUUGUUUCGAUCGUUAAAGGUGUAUCCGAGAGUUUGUGCGUGUGACAACGAGUGAGAAAAUUAAAGAGAGAAAAGUUUUUAAUCAUCAUGAAGAGCUUCAAUCGGAUUUUCUUCUGCUUAGCGGUUGCUUUAGUUCUGCUCGCCGUUUUCACGAACGAAGGAGAAGCCAGAAGGAAAAUUUUGCGCGGCCGCAAAACAAUAACGAGGCAAUACUACAGGCCGUCGCUGCUACCGGCAUGGGCGAUCGCACUCUUGGUCGGAAUUGCUGAGAUCGUCGUCGGAGUCGCCGCGUUCUUCCUUUUGCGAAGGAUCUUCGAAGAUAAAAUACACUCGAGUUCGAUUCCCACUUAUCAACCUGCAACUAUGCAGGACGAAGAAGUGUGAGACGCCGAACGAGUGUACUAGAAUACCUGACCAAUAAAAUGUAUUUUUUUCUUCGUAGAAUAUAUAAUUCUAGUUUUAAGUAUGAAUAUUGUAUAGCUCGUAGAUUAAAAUUGUAAGCGCUAUUUUUACCUCUGGAAAAAAAUUGUAUCUUUGAAUUAUUUUCAUCGAUUGCGUUUGUUGAAUCAAAGGAGAAAAUUCGAAUGAAAUAAAUAUUUCAAAAUACUCAA